CACACACACACACCUGUUGCUGUCCUAUUUCUGCUCACUCCUCUCUCUUCUGCCUUGUCCCUCAUUGCAUGCACUUUUUCUCACUCCACAAACCUGCGUGAAAAUGGGGUUCAUCACCGGUGUGUUCGCCUUUUUCUUCCAUCUGCCACAGAUUUAUAAGUGGCUCCUAAAGCCAUAUUAUUUGCUGUCAUUUCUUCUGUCGGUGGCUUUCCUUGCUGUGCGAAAAUGUCCGGGUGUGUGCGAGCACUUACCCUCUCAGAGAGAAGACGGAGACUCCUGCAAUUUUGACUGGAGGGAGUUGGAGAUUCUCAUGUUCCUCAGUGCCAUUGUUAUGAUGAAGAACCGCAGAGCGAUAACUCUGGAGCAGCAUAUAGGAAACAUUUUCCUCUUCAGUAAGGUGGCGAACGUGGUGCUGUUCUUCAGAGUGGACCUGAGAUUCGGCCUGCUCUACCUCACACUGUGUGUCGUAUUCCUGAUCACAUGUAAACCUCCCAUCUAUAUGGGUCCGGAAUACAUCACAUAUUUCAGUGACAACACCAUCGAUGAGGAACUAGAGCGAGACAGUCGAGUAACGUGGCUUGUCGAGUUCUAUGCCAACUGGUCUACAGAGUGUCAGUGUUUCGCACCUGUUUUUGCUGAUCUCUCACUGAAGUAUAACUGUGCUGGACUUAAAUUUGGAAAAAUAGACAUAGGGCAUUAUGGAGCUGCUGCUGAGAGGUAUAAAGUAAGUCUCUCACCACUCUCCAAGCAACUGCCCACUUUGCUGCUGCUGCAGGGAGGCCAUGAAUUUGUGCGUCGCCCCCAAGUGGACAAGAAGGGAAGAGCUGUGAGCUGGAGCUUUACAGAGGAAAAUAUAAUCCGCGAGUUCAACCUGAAUGAAAUACUCGAGAAAUGUAAAAAGCUCGGCAAGGGCCGGAAUGAGAAGAUAGAGGAGCUGGGGUUCGAUCCACAGGAGCAACCGGAUGAAGAUCAACCACUGAUGGAGGGGUCAGAGAGCAAAAAAGACAAAUAAACGCACAAUCCUGAGAGAUUUUUGAAAGACUACAUUGUUGGCUUUGAAUCUCUAAAGAAAACCUGUGGUAAGACAGGUUCUAUAACC